UUUUUUAGUAGCACAGCCUAUCUGCUGAGCGAUUACAGUGGUAGGUGCAGAAGACAGAAGAGGGGUGCAGCUCCCUUCAAAAUACGCGGCAGAGAUUUAUUCGGUCUUUUCGACCUUGACGUAUUAACGUUUGACAACCACUAUCUGAUAGCCAAUCAGAGUGGAGAAUCCCUAGGAACAUUACUGAUCUCACUAGGCGCACACUGCACGCGUCACACAUUCGCACGUGUUAGAUUUUUGCGGGGCAAUCGUAGAGUAGAAAAUAACGGUUAGGAUAAGCCGGAGAUCCUCGGCGAUAAUUCGUUAUUUCAAAAGGAGAAACCUGACAGAAAUUUGAUAAAGUGCACGCGUGACGGCAUAACAAUCGGACCUAGCGUGUGUCUUGUGCGAGUUAUUUGUAUAUCGUGAUGUCUCGCAUGUCCAAGGAACAGCUAAAGAACCUCAUGAAGUUCUGGUUGAUGAUCUACACGAAAAUUGUGCCGCGUGCGAUCCUGCUCUACGCCGUGAUUAUCAUUGCGCUAACGAUCUACCUGAAUGGCAAGGUCUCCCCGGUCUUCGUCUUCCUCUGCGUGGAGAUGUCACUGAAUUGGUAUUGCGUGUACCGCAUCAGCCACAAGUCGAGCCCGCUCAGAGGUAACAGUAAGAAAUGGGACUUGAAGUCGAUUGUCAUCAAGCCGAUGGGAGACAGCACGGCCUACAAGUAUUGGUACUGCAAAAAGUGUCAGCUGUACAUGCGCAAGCCGACGCAGCACUGUGUCUUCUGCAAAAAGUGCUACCAUUUUAGGGAGCAGCACUGCUUUCUGUUAGGUGCUUGCGUGUUGCGCCAGAAUAUGGGCAACUUCAUACUGCUUUGCUUCUACGCCUCAUUGGCGAGCGUGUACACUAUGCUGGUGAUGGGAUGGUGCGUAGUAGAGAGCCUUGAUCAGAUGAUAAAGAACGCAGAUAACAUUAACUUGUUUGAGAACUUUUGCUUCCCGAUCACUCUCAUCAAACUGUUGUCUAAGAAUCUCUCGUGUAUAUUUAUAUUUAUAUUAUUCAAUCUGCAAAUAGUAAUGCAAUCAUUGUCAAUGGGUUAUGGCUUUUGGAAGCUGUAUACUUGCCUGACCGGCAAGCAAUGUUACGGACACUUAACGGGAAAGCAGGAUCUAAAGGACAUUUUUGGAAGUUAUAGUCUAAUGAAUGUUCUCUUCCCGUACAACGGCCUUGUAGGCAAGAGAAGUGUCAACGACGGCAGACAGCAUCAACUCAAGGAAGUGUAAAGUGAGAGAGUUCAGAGAGAAUGAAAGCCAACGUCAACUCCAACAAUACGUGUUGUCAUAUGUUCCUAUAUAUUCUUACGUUAUAAUAAAUACAAUAAUAUGUACAACACAUUUACGCAUUCAUACACACGGUAGAACACAGACUGAGUGUCUCUAGCAUAUUAAUGGAUAU